AUGACUCCGGAAUGGAUGAGUUCUCAUCCUUCAUCUGGAUCCCCCCGCCUCACUCUUACUCUCGAAACGAAACCGGAUCUAGAUAUCGACGUUGAGGCGCGGUACCUUAUCAUCAUCACCAUCACGCGGGAUGCAGAUGAUCCGCAAAGACAACCAUGCAUCAUUCACUGGGACCCUAUUGAGGAUGGAUUUGGCCAGCCUGGUAUCAUACUACUUCGCUCUAAUUAUCCAUUCACGAACGAGCGGCAACCCGCUCAAGUCGACCCUAAGCAGUUGCGGAUAAAAUCCCUUCACCCACGAGAAAUCAACAUGUCAGACCCGUGCUUCAAACAACUCAACCUAGGCGUCAGCGUGUCCUGGGAGGUGGCCUUACCAUCUGUCUACUUCGAUUCCUUCCUAGCAGGACAGUUUUACAAAAUCUUCUGGUCAGGCGGACAAAUUCCUUUAUGGGACUGGGGCAUAUUAUCCGAGUAUGGUAACCGCAAACUCGGCCCGAAGUCCCCUGCGGUGGUACUCCCCGGCGGGCCAAGACAGUCACUUCACAUUGUCGCUGAUGAAAGUGAUAUUGACGAUGUGGGCCCGUUGUCGCCUUCGCCCGAACCUAUUUUAGCACCUGCUAGGAUGAACGGCGCCCCGGUCUUCGGCCUUAGUGUCGCUGGAACUGCUAUGCUAUCGAUGAAAGAUCGCACUCCAGCAGGUAAACUACGUUAUCCUAUCACAGCCACACUCUCGUAUGAUACAGCUCCGGAUGCCUUAAACGGCAAGCCGGUUACAUUUCAUACGUUUAAGCUCAAAGGUCUCGAUCGCCGCCAGGAGGGAUUCAGGCUCUACUUAAGAGAAAAGGACAAGGACGAGUGGAGUCCACAUGAACUUGGGGGCCUAUUUACGCACCACGAUUACCGAUUUUCUACUUCUACCCCGGUGAAUGUUAGCCACGACCGGAAUGAGUUUGUGGCCCUGAUGCCUGGUGAGUCGUGGUCGUUUACGCGGGAGGUGAGUGAUUUCCCGAAGAAUGUAGCGCCCGGUGAUAAGUUCCGGUACGGGUUCAAGGGAGCUCCAAUUGACUGGUGGGAUUGGGGACAUUUUCAAGAUCAUGAAGAUACUGUGGUGUGGAUUAAUGGCAGGGUCGUCAAUCCGCAAGAUAAUGGAGGCCGGCCUGAACUUGUGGUGCCGGCUAGUAAUUGGGUCGAGUUUACAUUGGUUGAAUAA